AUGGACACGUCAAAACUACCAACAGUGCCCAAAGAAAUCGAGUCACCAAAGCCGAAACGUCGAUCAAUUCGUGGUCGACGAUCAAGUGUUCAACUCAAAACCCCAGCCAUCGAUGAACCCGAAAUUUUGGAGGUUUCGAUGAAAGAAAAUGUUCUCGAAACGACACAUGAACGACUCUCGACAGCUUUUGACGUACGCAAGCGUAUAAGUAAUUACAAGAACACCCUUAGCCAAGAAAGCGCCGAAUGGGAAGCUUUAUUACAGAAACUGAGCAAACGAAGCGCCAAAGAGAAAGGAAAGCAAAUAAACAAGGAGCCACUUGCUGAGAAUGGAUGUUCCGAUGCUCGACCGACACGACAAGCACGAUCACACGUCAUGAAGCUACUCAGUCAGAUGAGAAGUCAAGAUGAUAGUGGACUGCAGCUCCAAGAAAACCAGAAACUCGAGAAUUCAUGCGCUAAGUUAAACGACGAUGUUCUGGAUGAGAAGGACAAGAUAGAACAACUAUCAGAACUUCUCCGCAACGAAGCUAAUGUCGAUUGGAGCAAAGAUUGCGCUUUCUGGAAACAACAACUUGAAUGGACAGAAAAAGCCAAAGGAAAACUGAACGAUUUGGCGGCACUCUUGACGAUAGCC